CACACACAAGCCUGACCCCAAGUGGCCCUCACCAUUCAAACCAAUCCUCUUUGUAUUCUGAGAGGUAGUACUAUGCAGGUACUACUACUCCCAGGAUGCUCCCUGGCUCCGUUGCUUCCGGGUCCAGUGUUGCCAGGGGAGAGGUGGCCUCGUCGGGGACCUGUUGGAGAUGACAGCUGAAGAAAGCGGAUUAAACAAUAAACCCCGCAGAUAGCGAAGAAACCUUCUCUCGCAACACUGUGGAAGAAAAAGGGGCACUGACCCAUGGAGUCGUUGAUCAGCGCAGUGGCGCCUCGCUCCCCAGCCAUCGUCAAGAGGCCCUCUGAGGUGGACUUCCGGUCGGGGGCCACGCUGGAGCAGCUGUCCCUGCAGGCGUCUGAGCUGGUGCUGCUGGAGCAGGGAGACUUUGGGGACCAGACGGCCCUGGAGGUCCACACGGCCAAAGACUUCAUCUUCAACAUGCUAGGUCUGGUCCAGAAGGUGGACCAGCGCCUCCCGGUGGCCAACGAGUACCUGCUGCUGUCCGGCGGCGCCCGGGAGGGCGUGCUGGACCUGAACCCCGAGAACCUGGGCGACUACGCCAAGGGCGCCGACUUCGACCUGGACUUCACCCUGCUGGUGCCGGCGCUGAAGCUCCACGACCGCAACCAGCCGGUGACGCUGGACAUGAGGCGCUCGCCGCCCUGCCACUCGUGGCUCAGCCUGAGGCUCUGCGACUCGGCCACGCUGGCCCGCUGGAGCGUCUGCUGCCAGGAGGAGAACCUGCUGCACCCGGCCGAGGACGAGGAGGAGUACGAGGAGGAGCUGGGCAGAGGCUCCGCCUCCUCGCCCGGCUCCCCCCAGUCUCUGGACGGCUGCUACUUCUCCCCGGCGCUGGUGACGGACUGGUUCUGGGCCGUGGUGAGCCAGGCGGUGGAGGAGCUGCGGCGCAACCCCAAGAGGGGCAUCCCCGUCCCGGAGAGGCUGGAGCGCAACGGGCCCCUCACCACCAUCAUCCUCCAGGCGGGCUCCAGCCGGGUGCUGUACGACCUGGUGCCUGUGGUGUCGUUCCGGGGCUGGCCCGCCGUGGCCCAGGGCUGGCUGACGGCAAACCACUUCUGGGACGGCAAGAUCACGGAGGAGGAGGCCAUCUCGGGCUUCUACCUGCUGCCCUGCUGCUCGCCGCUGGCCGGGAGGCCCGACCGGGAGUGGAGGCUGGCCUUCUCCCGCAGCGAGGUGCAGCUGAAGAAGUGCAUCCCCUUCCCCAUGGCGCAGGCCUUCCAGGCGGCCAAGGCCGUGCUGUCCCGCCUGCUGUCGCGGCCCCGCACGGGCCUCAGCCCCUACCACCUGCGCACGCUCCUCUUCUGGGCCUGCGACCGCCUGCCCGCCUCCUACCUGUCCUCCCCCGAGACGGACACGCCCGGGCGCCUGCUGCUCGGCCUCCUGGACGACCUGGCCCACUGCAUCCUGGGCAAGAACUGCCCCAACUACUUCCUGCCGCAGUGCAACAUGCUGGAGCACCUGUCGGACGGCCAGGCCCUGCUGCUCGCCCGCAAGCUGGGCCACGUGCGCUCGGACCCGGCCGAGCACCUGCGCGCCGCCCUGGACCAGGCGCGGCAGGCGGGGCAGCUGAAGAAGGAGGCGCUGGCGGGCGGCGGCGGCGGCGCCAACGGGCAGGCGGGGUCGCCGGGCCACGGCCCCGCCAACGGCAUCAUCUCGCCGUGCGAGGACAAGCUGGCCCAGCGGCUGCAGCAGCUGGUGACGGAGAACCCGGGCAAGUCCAUCUCGGUGUUCCUCAACCCCGACGACGUGACGCGGCCGCACUUCCGCAUCGACGACAAGUUCUACUGAGGCACCCCCUCCCCCCCCCCCCCCCCCGCGCGCGGACGAGUCCCGCCGCCGCACGACUGUCCCGCCACGGCCGUCCGCUCAAAGCUCACACUGCAACACCCCCCCCCCCCCCCCCCCCCCCCCGCGCUCUUCCCCGCGCAUCUCUCUCGGAGCGCGGGCCGACGACUCUUCCGUCCCAACCCGCGUGAUCGCCAUCAGCUCGUCAACUCCGGCCGACGAUGAGCGAUGCUCAUAGCGAACUCUGCUGACGCGACCAAACACUGCUGCUUGCCAGAAUUCUUCUUUUUUUAAACCAAAAGCGUUGGUGUGUGUGUGUGUCCUCCGAGUGCACCCUUUAAAGAAAUAACAAAGGAGAAGACGUACCAAACCCCGCUCCCCACGGAGCACAUCUCUCCGCCCCAGACACCCAAUUUAGAGCACCCCGCCACCGAGACGGCGUCGAUCCGACCACGGUAACAAGCCGGCCUUAACGAGACCUUUCAGAUGGUGCUUUGAGACCGGGGUGCCAGCAGGGGUAAUGGGAAACGAUGGAGAAGAAACGUUGUGUGUGUGUGUGUGUGUGUUUGUGUGUGUGUUUGUUGUCUGGGUUUUGAUGAACUGUUCUCAAGACGAAAAGGGCGAUGGACGACGCAAAGUGUCUGAAUAUCCUUUGUAUUUUAUUUUAUUUGGACCCACUCGAUAGAAGAUUGUGAAUGUAAAGAAGAAAGUUGGAGAGAAGCCAGGCUAAACGGAGGUGUGGCUGAUGCAACCCUUUGUAACGUUGGCUAAUUAUUUGACUUAAACAGGCCAACAAAGGCUGCUCUCUUUCUGCCCCCCUCUAGUCCCACUCUCCCAUUCUCCCUCUUCCCCUCGUCCUCCCUUUUUGCUUUCCUUUUCUUUCUCAGGUAUAUCUCACGUCGCCGUCCCCUGGUGUGAGUGACGCCACGUGUCCUAUCGCCUCGGCCGUGAUUUCCCCCCUGACCCGUUUGUCUCUUUUUAUCUCCUCGGCCCCCCCCCUCCUCUCCGUUGUGUCCUCAUUGCAUCGUACAGCGGAGCGCACCAAAGAGCGACGUCAGGGGAAGGAGAAGAACUCCACUGCUCCCCAGAGUCUUAAAGUCUUAACCGCCUCUGCCCUCCGUCCAGCUCAGUCGACCCCCGGUCGCAAUCCCAUCCCGUAGCCCGGGGAGAGGGAGAGGGAGAGAGCGAGGGGUUAGGGACUCCACAUAGCUAGGGCCCCAUGCCUGCUGGUAGGAGUGGCUGCCCGAGUGUUUCAGUGUAGAAAUAUUCAGUCACUCGUGAAUUCAGACUCGUGCGCAGUAAAGAAAACGCACUUGCUCUUGAGGUAUUCUAUUUUUUGUGUUUCAUUUUCUUACCUUACUAAUUCUUAUUUUUUUGGCCUAGUUUCACGUGUAAUUGCAGGGGGAGAUCAGUCCUGCUGAUAAUUGCGCUAUAUCUCGUCGGCCCGGUUGGGCUUUCUUACAGGCUGGUGUGUGGCGUGUGUAACGUUUGUGUGUGUGUGUCAGUGUGUGUGUAGGGAAACCCACAGCGGGGUGCGACACGGACAGACGCCUCACACGAAAUAUCACCCCCCCCGUGGUGAGGGACUUUUGGGCUCUGGUUGCAAUCUCGUCUCCCCAGAUGUGAGUCGGAGGGAGGGAGGGAGGGAGUGAGGGAGGGAGGGAGGGAGUGAAGGGUAGCUGGGCGGGCGAUGGACGGAGCGGAUUGGGAGAGAGCAACAAGAGAGAGAGUUUGGAGGCCGUCGUGUGCCUCUAGGGGGCGACCAUCUUCAGUGUCUCCCCCUCAUCCCGCUCUUUCUUACCCUCCCCCUGCUCUCUUCACCCCCACCUGCUUGUCGUUCUGUGUCUUUUCUGUCUGCUCGUUAUGUCUUGUACUCCUUCUCUCGUUCUGUCCUCUCUUCCCUUCCAGUCGUCAUCUUAUCUCUGUGUCCCUUCCUUUACCCCCUCCCUCUUUCCCGCUCUCUCGCGCUCCUUUUGUCACCUCAAAUUGGCCUAAGCUUUUCCUCUGUCAUUAUUUGGCUUUCGUCUUGAUCUGCUAGUCGCUCUCUUGACCAGCCUAUUACCGUUCUAUCCAGUGGUAGAGUGUCGUUGCUGCCUUGCUCGAUAGCGUUGAGAACCCCCUUUCUAAGUCAGCGAUGUUGACCGAUACACACCGACACAUACACACACAUAAAAAAGGAUGUUGUUGGCUUAUGUUGAUCCACUUAUUGUAACUGGCUGAAUGGACCGUUGGCUACUGUGUUUUAGUGCGUUUAGUUGCAACCAUGCUGGGUGUAAGCUAGCUUGUAACCAGGUUGUAUUUCUCCUGGGUGCGCUACGAUGAGUUCGGCUGACCAGUGGCUGGAUCGGACUGCUUAUGUAAUGUCGGUACUUUUUCAAAAUGAUGGUUUUUAAAAGCGUGUGCGUGUUUUAUUACUGAGAAUUUUUAAUCAGGUGGUCGACGUUAUCUCGGAAGGCUACUGGCACUUUGUGUGUGUGUGUGCGUGUGCGUGCGUGCGUGCGUGCGUGCGUGCGUGCGUGCGUGUAAAAAAAAAUGCAAAAAAAACAUUUCCAAAGCAAGUUGUUUUAGCUGGACAGAAUUUGAAAUGUGAGAGUGUGUCUUCAGCACUUUUUAAAUAUGGAUGCACCACAGCCUAGUUGGAUCGCUGAUGAGAAAACAUUUCGCGCCGUUUAGCUUAUAUAUACACAAACUAUGUAUAAAAUAAAUAAAUAUAUAUAUAAUAUAAAUAUAUAUAUAGAGGGAGAGAGAGAGAUGUCCCUCCUCUGAUGCUAAUAGACAGCUCCACUUGCUUCAGACAUUGUAAACAUGAAACACUACCACAAUCUAUGUAUUCAUGGGUUAAGCUAACAAUUUGUUUGUCCUUGAUUUCUAAAUAUGCAAAAGUCUAUUGCCUCAUUGGAUUGAUAGACUCAUGCAAGGAAAGAAAAACUGAGAAAUACUGGGUUUACAACCCCAAAGGCAUUGAAAAAGUGCUACAAUUAAACACUCAUUUUUAUUAUCAUAGUUAUUGAUAUUAUUUACAAAUCAUAUCGUUAUGAAAGCCAAUCUUGAUUGGUGAUUGUUGUGAUCUUUGCUGUUUGCUCAAACUACUGAAGAUUGUUUUAAGAUAUCUUUCAAAAGUGACAAGAAAUACAAUGAAUGUAUAUCAGGAAAUUGUCUACUGAAUCAAAACCCUGCUACUGAAUCAGCUUCCUUAAUGUAAAGAUCUGAAUCUGUCUGAGAACAAGAGGCCUAUACUGACUUUUCCAAUAGUACUGCUACUUUGAAAAUGUGUGUUGAAAUUAUGCUCACAUUGUAUUGAAUCGCUCCAGUUUCUUGUGUACUAUAUUUCUAUCCGUUUUAUGAAUUCUGUUCUUCCUUAUUCGAAUUGAGUAUGAACAUAGUUUUUCUUUUCUGUAUCACAAACGUUUUUCUGUAAUGCUGUGACGGAGGGGUGCGCUGUGUUUGAUAUUUUUUAAUCCUGAAUGGUACAGCGGUAGCAUGAAAUAAAUCACUACAUUUAAAAUUA